ACAAGUAUACAGAGAGCCUAGUUUCAGUCAAUGGAUUCAAGCAAGUCGACUGCAAUGCUGGGGAAGAUGAUGAUUAGGAAAGCAGCGCGGAGUCUGGUAUUUUGGUGCCAGCAAUAUCUUCGUUGAAAGUCUCCAAUUUUUAUAUAUGUUGCUUGAUGAAUGAUGGCUGAUUGGCUGAUCUGCUGAUGCCUGCUAACUGCUUAGUUGAAUUUUCAGUCGGUUAUGUUUGAGAAUUGAGACUUUGAAGUAGUGAUCUAUAUUUUGUAAUGCUAUAACUAUUGCUUGUUCAAAUUUUCUAAUUUGAAAUGCUCAAGGAUUGUUUAAAAUUACAUGUUUUGCGUAAUUUAGGUAUAAAGUUAAUGCUACUACUUACCAUUAGUAGUUUCAAAAUUCGUGUUCUGGUAAACCUAAACCCAAGCCCAGUCCGAAAUCCGUUGUUAGUUGAUCUAAGUAUUAUAGAUCCUUUAACAUAUUUGAAUCCAUUACUCGAUACUUUAAUAAUUUUAGUUGACAUCUACUGCUGUAAGUGGGCAUCAAGCUGUAAAUGUCAAAAUGUAUGGCAAGGCAUCCGUGGGAGCAGCUUCUCUUGUUCAAAAGGUAGUUGCAUACCCAGGAUUUAGAAGUACCAGUCUGUGAUCCUGACUCCUAGACCUAAUUACACUAGUUUCUUGUAGAUAUUAAAGUUUUUGAGAGACUGGAAUGAUGUUUCUGUUGUUUAAUUGGAUAAAUAUUUAAUUUCCAUCACCUUCAACAUAACAUUCCCAGUUCUGAUUUUUUUCACAACCGUUCACAUAAAAUUUGCAUCUCGUUAUGUUUUUCCGCUUUUCUCUCUCCAACCAAACAGAACGUUAUAGUCUCAGUUAAAAUUUUGGAGGACCAGUUUCUUUCCAGUGCCAUUAGCCAAACAAAAAUUUCCAAGCCUGUAUAGCUGGACUUACAAAGUCGUCAGUUAACCCAAUCAAAUAGCUAGAAAGUGGAGACAGACUAUAUUGGCUAAUUCAUGGCAAGCAGAAGCAGUGGAGCACCGAGAAUGCAUAUAAUAUACACUGUGCAUGGAAAGAAAUUGGGGAUUCACAAGCACUGUGAAUAUAAUGUCACUACCAAGGUUGUAUAUAAUGUCCAUAAAAGUUCUACAAUCAAUACACCACCCCCUUGACAAUUUCUCUUAUUAAUUGUUCAAAACCAUGAUUUUCCGGUUUUGCAUUCUCUUUACUCUUCUGGUAUUAGCCAGGCCACAAAAAUAUGUUUUUGCAUUUUCGAGCAAUGACACUGAUCAGCAAGCUUUAUUUUCUUUUAAGGCUUUUAUUAAAGAUGAUCCAUUGGGUGUCCUAGACUCAUGGAACAGUUCCAUCCAUUUCUGUCAUUGGACAGGCAUUACAUGCAGCCGCAGGCGACAGAGAGUAACAGUACUCGACCUCUCAUCACUAAACUUGGCGGGUACAUUGUCCCCUCAUAUGGGAAACUUGUCAUUUCUAAGGACAAUUUACCUCAACAAGAACAACUUUCAUGGCUUGAUUCCAAAUGAAAUUGGUCGAUUGUGGCGCCUACGAAAACUUGAUCUGGAAAGCAACUCUUUUCAAGGUGGAUUUCCUUCCAAUCUGCUUCAUUGCAGAGAUAUCACAUUCAUCAAUUUGGAUACCAACAAUCUUGAAGGUAAACUACCUACUGAUUUCUCCUCUUGGUCUAAGCUUGAUGUGUUUGUUGUUUCACGGAAUCAUUUUCAUGGAUCCAUUCCGCCUUCAAUAGGUAAUAUAUCAUCUCUUCGUGUUCUUUAUCUAUCUGAUAAUAAUCUAGCUGGGGAGAUACCUCUGGAACUAGCUCAUCUUGCAAAAUUAGAGGAUCUUGGUUUAUCAGUGAACAUGUUGUCGGGUAUGGUUCCCCAACCACUUUACAACGUUUCGUCCCUCUAUUAUGUUAGUCUAGCCGACAAUGUGUUAGAAGGAACGCUUCCAUCAGAUUUGGGCUUCACCCAGCUUCCUAGACUGCAAAAUUUCUACGCUGCAAAUAACACCUUUACGGGUCCACUUCCACCUUCAAUAGCUAAUGCAUCCAAUCUUGUUGUCUUCGACAUAGCUGCUAACAAUAUAACUGGACCUAUACCUAACAAUUUGGGUAGCCUUCGUAAUCUUACAUGGCUAGCUCUGGGUCAAAAUCCACUUGGAGAAAAUAUGCGGCCUAAUGACUGGAGCUUUUUCAAUUCCUUGAUCAAUUGUACCCAUCUGGAGACAUUGGCCUUACACGAGAGUAGUUUAAGAGGGGAGCUCCCUAGUUCCAUUGCAAAUCUCUCUACCACCAUGGAAAACCUGUAUCUGUACGACAACUACAUAUACGGAAGCAUACCUCGUGAAAUUGGAAAACUUGUGAACAUGAUACAGCUUAACUUCAGAGGGAACUUCUUAACGGGGAGCAUUCCACAAUCCAUUGGUAGACUAUCAAAGUUAGGCGGGCUAAUUUUAUAUGGAAACAACAUUUCAGGAGUGAUUCCAACUUCCAUUAGCAACCUCACACAAUUAGUUGGUCUCCUUUUAGAUGAUAAUGUGCUCCAAGGAAACAUACCUACUCAAUUGUUUAACAUAGAGAUAUUGUCCCUUGGUAACAACCGGCUUAGAGGUGCAAUACGUGACGAUAUUGUGUUUUAUUCCCGCUGUAUACACCUUAAUUUGUCCUAUAAUCUAUUCAGCGGUCCACUUCCAUCAAAUAUCGGAAACCUGAAACAACUUGCUACACUAGAUGUUUCAAACAACAAAUUGAGUGGAGAUAUACAAGCUACUCUGGGCGGUUCUGUAAUGUUAGAGGAACUAUAUAUGGAAGGAAACCUUUUUCGAGGUCAAAUUCCAUCUUCUUUCAAAGCAUUGAAAAAUCUGGCAUUCCUAGACCUUUCGAACAAUAACAUUUCUGGGAGUAUUCCCAGAUUCUUAGAUGGGUUUCCUCUCAUUAAAUUUCUCAACCUGUCGAACAACAAGUUUGAAGGUGAAGUUUCGAAAGAAGGUCUGUUUUCAAAAGUUAAUGCUUUUUCCGUUGAUGGAAAUUUGGAGCUCUGUGGAGGUAUUCAAGCAUUGCAGUUACCUGCUUGUCCCGAAAAAGUCUCCAGGAAAAAGAAAAGAGCAUUUGCACCGAGAAUAAUACUACUCCUAGUUCUUGUACCCCUCGGAAUGUUGUUAGCAUGUCUUGCGUUGAUUUACUAUAAACGUAGAAACUCCAAGAAGUUUAAUGACCCUGUCCCAGGAUUGGAGGAUGAUCAAUAUCCCAAACUUUCUUACCAAGACCUUCUACGAGCCACAAAUGAAUUUUCUCCAAAUAAUUUGCUCGGUGAAGGAACAUACGGUUCUGUUUACAAAGGAGUUCUCGACUCGAUAGAACACAUACUUGCGGUGAAGGUACUAAAUAUUAAAAUACGUGGAGCCAACAAGACUUUUCUGGCAGAGUGUGAAACAUUGAGGCACAUUCGUCAUCGAAAUCUUAUCAAGAUCAUCACAGCAUGCUCUAGCACUGAUUUUAAGGGCAAUGACUUUAAGGCAUUGGUUUUUGAGUUCAUGACUAAUGGGAAUGUGGACAACUGGUUGCAUCCAAGUCCUGAUCAAGGGAAUGAAAGAUACUUGACUCUACUUCAAAGACUAAGUAUCUCCAUCGAUGUUGCUCUUGGAGUGGAUUACCUACAUCAUCACACCCAUGAUAGUAUUAUUCAUUGCGACCUAAAGCCAAGUAAUGUGCUUCUCGAUGAUGAUCUUGUUGCUCGUAUUAGUGAUUUUGGUUUGGCGAGGUUCCGCUUUGCUGCUACUACAAGUGACAUCAAUCAAGCACAUUUGAGUUCUGCUGGUGUACGCGGAACAAUUGGAUAUGUGCCUCCAGAGUAUGGAAUGGGUGCUGAGAUCUCUGUAGAGGGAGAUGUAUAUAGCUACGGAAUCUUUCUACUAGAAAUGUUUACAGGCAAACGACCUACAUGUAGCAGCGCAUUGCUGGACAAUAAUAAUAAUCUUCAUGACUAUGUGAGGAAUGCACUCCCACAAAGGGUUAUGAACAUUGUGGAUCCAUGGAUCAUAAUAGAUGAAGAAGAUCAUGGUUUAACAACAAAUCAUUCAUACAGCAAGGCUAUCUUAGAGGCAUGCCUGACAUCAAUAUUUCAAGUGGGGAUACUAUGUUCAGUUGAAAUGCCCAAAGAGCGCAUUGACAUUGGUAUUGCGAUCAAGCAGCUACAUGCAGCAAGAGACAAACUUCUGCAGCACAGCCAUUAACCCAUGUCUCUAUAUCUCUGCUUUUCCUAUGUUUCUAUUCUUGAUACCGCAUAUUGGGAUCUGAUUUUGUAUUGAAGACAUGGCUUAUUAUAUUCA